AUGUGUCGUCGUUCUUAUCCACGCAGAUAAAAACUACAGAUAUCGGUAAACAUCUGUCAAAAUUUAAUGUUAUCGCUAUGCUCCUCUGCCCAUUUUUGUUUUGAAAUUUAGAGUAAUUCAAGCAAUUCAAAAAUGCGGAGCAUCAUCUUGUUUUUUACCUUUUUGUCAUUUCUUGGAGUGCUGAUCCUUCAAGUGGAAUCUACUUCUCCGAGAAAAUGUCCACCCGCGGACCAGUGCUACCCGUGUGAUAAAGUCAACUGCAGAUGCGGCCAAUUAAAGGAUGAAUGCGAUUGCUGUGAUGUUUGUAUGAAGUGUAAGGACGAACCUUGCAGCGUUUUAGCCGGAGAUGUUUGUGAGGAAGGUUACAGUUGCGGCGAUCCUACAAGAUCUUACCUGGAGCAGAUGCAUAGGCCAGCAACAUGCAUUCCUCUCAAAUCUCAGCAAUCGGUGCAGCAACCCAUUUUGAUGUAGAUAAAUAACUUUUUUAUCGUUUUCAUCAAGAAUAAAGAAUUUUCUUCCAUUUUA